AUGGCUACAAACGGAGCUCAGGAGGGCUUUGCGCCCCCAGAUGUGCUGGCUGCUGUCAUGACGAUGAGGAGCGGGGAGCAAGACGCAAAGAAGCAUGCUCACGAGUACUUGGAGAGAUUUCAGAAAUCGAAGGAUUCUUGGGCAACUAUAAUAGGUAUUCUGCAGUCGGAUGCCGAGCCAGAGGCCACUCUUUUUGCGGCCAUUACUCUGCGUGGAAAGAUCACAUACGAUCUUUCUACCCAAGUCCCUGCGAACGAACUGCCCGCCCUCCGAACCCAGAUUCUCCUGCUUCUAAAGCACUUCGCCCCAGGACCCAAGCCUAUCCGUGUCCAACUCUGCGUAUGCCUGGCCAUUCUCGCCAUUCAGAUGAAGGAAUGGGACGACGUCCUUUCGUCUGUUGUUCAGUCACUCAGCGAUAGCCCCGAGAGUCACGCCUGCAUUUUGGAUUUCCUGAGGGUUCUUCCCGAGGAAGUCACCGAAGGUCGAAAGAUCACCUUGUCUGAAGAAGAUCUUGCAACGCGAACGCAAGUUCUAUUGGCCGACAACGCAGGCCAGGUUAUUCAAUUGCUCAUCAACUACUCCCAGUCUUCACCCGCUGCUGCCCAGAACCCUCAGUUGAUGGAAUGCAUCACAUCCUGGCUUCGAGAAGUCCCAGUCGGCGAUGUCGUCAAGUCACCUCUCAUGGACAUUGUCUUCAACGGAACUACGAGCGAUAACUGCGCCCAGGAGGCUUCCGAGUGCCUUUGCACCAUGCUUCGAGAGACUAGCGACGUGGAUGAGAGCCAAGAGAUCAUCGAAAUGCUAUUCCCCCGAAUUAUUUCACUGAAGCCUCAAAUCGCCAAGGCAGCUGAGGAGGAGGAUGCCGAGACUCUUAAGGCUUUGACCAAAGUGUUUGCAACUGCUGCGGAGAGCUGGGUUGUUGGAAUCGCACGUCAGCCCGCCCAUUUCCGACCUUUGGUUGAUGCAGUCUUGGAAUGCGCUGUGAGAGACAAAGAGCGGGAGGUUAUCGAGCAUACCUUUACCUUCUGGUAUGAGCUGAAGCUCUAUGUCGUCCUAGAUAUUUACAUCCAGGGCCGACUUGAGCUAGUCGACGUUUAUUCCAAGUUGGUCGAUGUUCUUCUUAAGCAUCUCGAAUACCCCAAGCCGGAUUCAGGCAACGAAGACGAUCUGUUCGAUGGCGACCGAGAGCAGGAGGAGAAAUUCAGAGAGUUCCGACACCAGAUGGGCGAUACGUUGAAGGAUUGCUGUGAGGUGAUGGGCGUUACGGAUUGCUUGACAAAGGUUCUUCAAGCCAUCCAGUUGUGGAUGUCCAAGUAUGCCAGCCAGGUGACCGAUACAUCGGUUCCUAACUGGCAAGAGUUGGAGGCGCCUCUGUUUGCCAUGCGUGCUCUGGGCCGCAUGGUUGACAAGGAUGAGAGCAUUGUCUUGCCUCAACUUAUGCCCCUUCUCGUGCAAAUGCCCAGCCAUGAGAAGCUCCGGUUCGCAACUAUUAUGGUUCUGGGCCGUUACACAGAAUGGACAGCUGCGCACCCCGAGUAUCUCCAGCCUCAGUUCAACUACAUCGUCACGUCGUUCCAGUCAGACUCCAAGGAGAUUAUCCGCGGUGCUGCCUUGUCUAUCAAAUACUUCUGCACAGAUUGCAAGCAUCUCCUAAGUGGCCAGGUUCUGCAGCUCCAGGAAUUUUACGACCAAGUUCUGGACAAACUCCCAGAUCUCAGUAAGGAGGAGAUUACUGAGGGUGUCGCUAACGUUGUGGCUUGCCAACCUACAGAGGAAGUAUACCGACUGCUGAAGCUCUACUGCGACCCCCUUAUUCAGCGCCUCAUGACAAAGGCCAACGCCGCUACUGAUGAUGAGGGCAAGCUGGCUCUCGCAGAUCACCUGCAACUCAUCACAAUUUUUGUUCAGUAUGUUGUGCCUCCUGUUAACCCAGGUCAGGACAACCCUGCUGUUAGGUACUGGCAAGAAGUGUUCCCUAUCCUCGCGACUGUACUGGAUAACUUCCUCAACUUCAGCCCCAUCUGCGAGCGUGUAUGCAGGUGCUGGCGCAACAUGGUCAUCUCUCACCGUACGGCCAUGGCCCCCUUGCUGCCUGACAUGGCAAACAAGCUUGCCGGUGGCUUCAACAACUCCAGGGAGGGUUGCUUCCUGUGGGUAACUUCAGCAAUUUUGCGCGAGUUCUCCGAGGCUCGAGAGCACGUUGAUCAAGCUACCACCGAGAACAUUUACACCUUCUUUGAGGCUCAGACAACAACCUUCUUGCGCGUCAUGACAGAACUGCAGCCCAAGGAGCUUCCCGAUGUCAUUGACGAUUUCUUCCGCCUGUUGAUCGAUGCUCUUCUCUACUACCCACAGAGGCUCAUUCCCUCUCACCUGCUGCGAUCAAUCUUCGAGGCCUCUAUCUAUGCCCUGACCCUUGAGCAGCGAGAUCCUCUCUCCUCAACACUGCACUUCCUCCGUGACCUCCUUUCUUACGGUGGUGACAACCCUGCUACCAGCGAUGGCCUACCUGAAGCUGCGGCUGCUGAGAUGAAGAACAUUGUCAAGACUUUGCUGCAGACCCUCGGCGAGAACUUGGUCAAGCAGGUCAUGGCGGGUAUGAUGAUCACUUUCCCUCGCGACUGUUUCGCCGAUGGCAGUGGUGUUCUCCUGGCUUGCUUCGAGCUUGUUCCACUUGAGACUCACCAGUGGGUGUCUCGCACAAUCGAACUGCUGCCCGAGGGAACCGUCUCCCCUACCGAGGCCAACCGAUUCCUACUCAAGCUCAAGGAGAAGCUUCAGACAGGAGAUUCUAGCGCCAUGAAGAAUGUGCGUGCGGUUCUACAAGAUUUCACCAACACAUACCGGCGACGAAAUGUAGCUCCCCGCGAUGGUCUCGGCCAGCUUGAGGCCACACGCUUCCAGUUCUCUGGAUAA